GACGUGAUUCUCCAGGCGGCGGCGGGACGGGCUCGCGGGGCGGCGGCAGCGGCAGCAGCGCCGGAUCUGCCUGAGGGGACCCUCCCAGUCUGAUCUUGAAGGGACUCACUCGCCUGACUGCCCCUCGGCAGCCCCCCUGAGCCUAGGGGCCCCUCCCCCUUACGGCCCCCAGGUCUCCCUAGGACCCUCCCCUUACUGCCCCCGGCCUAGGGGCCGCCGCCCUAUUGCCCCCCUCCCCCAGCGGCCUAAGUGGCGCCUCAUCUCGUGGCGCCUCUUAGCCCCACUCCCUGCCCCUUUCUUAUCGGGGGGGGGGUCUUCUCUCCUGCCCAGGCUUUGGCGGCUGUUUGUGGUCCCCUGCUCCCUAGGGCCGUAUCCUCUCCCCCCCCCGGUCCCUUGGCCUCUAUUGUCCGGGGCUCCUCAGCUGUCUCGCCUGAGAUUCCCUCCCCCCCCCCCCCGUGUUUAAACGUGCUCCCUCCCCUCCCUUGCAUCGGCUUCUCCGAGCUCGCCCCAGGGGACGCAGCGUCUCCCGCUCUUGCCCUGUAACUUGGAUUUAAACCCCCGGGAGCUGCUCCUUUGCGAACCCCUCACCCUGCAGCCUGUCCCUCGGGUGGCUGUUUUCUCCUCUCCCCCCUCCCGUGUCCUGUUUGAUCCCUAGAUGCCCAGCCCAGCCCAGCCCGGCCCACCCACACACCCAGACUAGAAGCGAAAGGCCGCGCUUUCGGCUGCUCCCCGCGUGUUGUUUGGCCCCUGUAUGUUCAGGCAGGAAUUCCUCCUUCUCCCACAGGUGGCGGGUUUUAGGGGCAGUGGACAAAGAGUUAAUCCGGGGCUGACUGGUCCCUGUUUGAACUCCCUUUGGAGCCUGCCAGGUGGCCAUCCGAGCCUGCUGCAACUGCUGCUUUUUUUUUUAUUUUAUUUUGUUCUUUUCUUUUAUACGUCAGGAGCAGUGGGCUAUGGAGAUCCUCGCUUGCUGAGGACUCCCCCAUCUCCCCUCCCACCGCCUAAGGGGCGGUGAUAGCAGUUGAGAGGUGGGAAAGGAUGCCAAGAAAGCUGUUGUUGCCUUACAAAUCUGUUUUUUCUCACUUUCGAGCUCCAAGGGGUUUGCAUGAUUCCUUGGCAAUGAAUGCAGCCAAAAGUGGCUACCGGGUCUUCUCGGCGAAUUCCACAGCAGCCUGCACCGAGCUGGCAAAGACGAUCACAGAGCGUCUUGGUGUUGAGUUGGGAAAAUCUGCAGUGUACCAGGAAACCAAUGGAGAGACAAGAGUUGAAAUAAAAGAAUCUGUCCGGGGCCAAGAUAUCUUCAUUAUACAGACAAUACCCAGAGAUGUGAACACUGCUGUAAUGGAAUUGUUGAUAAUGGCUUAUGCACUGAAGACUUCCUGCGCCAGGAAUAUUAUUGGGGUCAUCCCUUACUUCCCCUAUAGCAAACAAAGCAAAAUGAGGAAGAGGGGCUCCAUAGUCUGCAAACUGCUAGCUUCUAUGCUGGCCAAAGCAGGUUUAACACACAUUAUCACUAUGGAUCUUCAUCAAAAGGAAAUCCAAGGCUUCUUCAGCUUUCCAGUAGACAACUUAAGGGCAUCCCCUUUCUUGCUUCAGUAUAUACAGGAAGAAAUUCCAGAUUACAGAAAUGCAGUUAUUGUGGCCAAAUCCCCUGAUGCAGCGAAAAGGGCUCAGUCUUAUGCCGAGAGACUGCGUCUGGGACUGGCAGUGAUCCAUGGAGAGGCUCAGUGUACGGAGCAGGACAUGGAUGACGGCCGCCACUCUCCCCCAACUGUCAAAAAUGCCACUGUGCACUCUGGCCUAGAGCUGCCCUUGAUGAUGGCCAAAGAGAAGCCACCAAUAACUGUAGUCGGAGAUGUUGGGGGAAGAAUCGCCAUCAUUGUGGAUGAUAUUAUUGAUGAUGUGGAAAGCUUUGUAGCAGCCGCAGAAAUCCUGAAAGAGCGUGGUGCUUACAAGAUUUUUGUGAUGGCCACUCAUGGACUCUUAUCUGCAGAUGCUCCCCGUCUAAUUGAGGAAUCUGCAGUCGAUGAAGUGGUGGUAACCAACACAGUUCCUCAUGAAGUUCAGAAGCUGCAGUGCCCCAAGAUAAAGACUGUGGAUAUCAGUUUGAUCCUCUCUGAAGCCAUCCGAAGAAUCCACAAUGGGGAGUCCAUGGCUUAUCUCUUCCGCAACAUCACCGUGGAUGACUAGAUUGCAAUGUUGCCCUUGUCCUGGCUUUCCUGAAGAGAAGGGAGAAGGAAAUGUGCAUGAAAAUGCAAUGCCAUAAAUUAUAGACAUAACACAACUGUUUCUUCUGCUGGGGGGAGGGUGUAGGAUGUUUAAGGACUGAAGCCAUGAGAUUGAAUAGCAAAAGUAAAAUUGAACAGCCCUGAUACCUGCAGCCUCUUCUGCUCACCUUGCAGGGAGGAUUACAUUUUAGUUCUGAUCAGGAAAUAGAGAGGCUUUGAAUUGUAAGUAAAAGUUGCCUGAAAACUAUUUAGUGUCUGCCUCUCCCCAUUUAAAACAAA